GUGGAAUGAGUCAGUGUCUCACAGACUGUGGUGGGAGAAGGUUGUGUUGCCUGAGGUGCGCCUGGCGGCUGGCUAUUUGAUACAUUCCCAAGUUCCGUCAGAAGAUACGUGACAAUGUUGCCUGUGUUCCUUACAUGCGGCCCCAAUGAAGUUUUAGUGGUUUCAGGUGUUGGGUACAGCAAGCCGGCGAUGGUGACGGGCGGCUGUCUAGUGGCCCUCCCCUGCAUCCACACCUGGAAGAGACUGUCUCUGAAUGUGAUGACCAUCAAGGUGGACACUCCCGGGGUCUACACAGCUCAGGGCGUCUCACUCAACGUCACCGGAGUAGCACAGGUCAAGAUCAGCACGCAGCACCCCGACAUGCUGGCUCUGGCCUGUGAACACUUCCUGGAGAAAGAUCAACAAGAAAUUGCAGCGCUCAUCACUGCCACAUUGGAGGGGCACCAGCGUGGCAUUAUGGGCACCAUGACUGUGGAGGAUAUAUACAGGAAUCGUAAGUUGUUUAAUGCUCGUGUGUUCACUGUGGCCUCGAGGGAUCUGUACACUAUGGGUCUCCAUGUUCUCUCAUACACAAUCAGGGAUCUCAGUGAUAGCCUAGGUUAUCUGGAAGCUCUUGGUAUGGCUGAGACGUCGCGGGUGAAGAGGGACGCCAGGAUCGGACAGGCUUCAGCAGCAAGAGAUGCCAAGAUCGAGAAGUGUUUGGCUGGAGAGGAACUGCUGGCUGCCCAGUAUAUCAAUCUCGCGUUACUGGCCAAGGCAGAGAGGAGGUUCGAGAUACAAAAGGCCGCUUUCGAUCAGGAGGUCAAAGCCAAGAAAGCAGAAGCAGACUUGGCGCACGACCUGCAGACCUGCAAGAUCAAGCAGAGGAUCAAGCAGGAGACCAUGGAGACAAAGGUAGUGGAGAGAAGGGCGUGGAUACUGUUGGCUGAGCAGGAGACCCUGCGACAACACAAGCACCUACAGGUUAAAAUAAGACAACCCGCAGAAGCUGAGAAAUACAGGAUGGAGAGGAUGGCAGCAGCCCAGAGGACAAGGACCAUGAUAGAGGCUGAGGCGCAGGCUGAGGCCAAGCUGCUCACCGCUGACGCCCAGGCUGCAGCCAUACAGGCAAAAGCUCAGGCAGAAGCCAGAAAUAUGUAUUAUAAAGCCGAGGCCUGGAAGGAAUUUGAUAACGCAGCCAUUCUCAGCAUGUAUCUCCACACCCUUCCUAAGAUGGUGCAUGGUGUGAGCAGGUCUUUAUGCAAUGCCUCACGUGUGAAGAUGGUGUCCUCAGGCGACUCUCCUGUGGGAGCAAACAAGCUGACACAGGAGGUCAUCAAUAUCACCAACAGUGUCCCUGAGUUGAUUAAGAAUGUAACAGGCAUUGACCUUUUGAAGAUUACAUGUGCCAAGGGUCCCUAAUCUAGCACAUGAAACAGCCUACUUUGAGGUUGUUCGAAGGAUCAGUGCCCCCAUAGCCCGGUCUUUGACCAGAAGAUAGUUUAUAACAAAGUCAAGAGUGUAUCAGAUAAAUAUUCGGAACUUGCCUUGGAUCUUCAUAGCCCUGAUUGCUUAUUAUUAUUAUUAUUAUUAUUAUUAUUAUUAGCAUUUUUGCUUUAAAGAAGCCAUUUGUAAUAUGUAAUUUAGUUCUUGACGAUACAGAUUUAAUAUCAAUUAAUUAUUGUCACAGAAUAAAUGGUAGUGGAAGUUUCUGUAUAAAUAAU